AUGGAUUCAAAGUUAAGGAAAGUGGUAUUAUACCAUGGAGUUGAAUCGUCGGAGAAAUGGCCCAAGGGGAGGAAGAAGCUAACUUUGCCCAGCCUUCAGUUGCUGCCGGAUACAGACACUGCUGAAUUGCAGCAAGUAAUACAGUUUAAUAGCGAUAUCGAGGAAUUGAUACGGCAACGACAAGAGAGCAAAGAGACGUUCGAUAAAUGGUACCAGGAGACGUAUCUUGCAUCGAAACCAAAGGGACUACUCGAACAUUUGGCACCAAAGAGACGAGACAUGAGGAAACUUGGGACCCCUGACAAGGAUAAUGCAAACUGA